AUGUCUGAAAAAUCGCAAACUCAAAAAGACUAUUAACAUGAAAAUUCAUUGAUUAAAUAAUAAUUGCUCCAAUAUUGGGUGAAGAUCUCAAAAACUCUUGAUGACGAAUACGAAGAAAUUCUUUAAUUAGGGUCUGAUUCUGAUCCCAAUGAUAUUAUCAAUGCAGUGUUUAUAAUUGAAGAUGCCAGAUAAGAAUAAUAGAAGGUGUAAAUAUUAAUAUAGUUUAGUUAGAUAAGUAACAAUUAGAGGCAUUGAAGAAGUAAAUCGAGUCUUCAAAUGAAAAAAUUAUUGCUUUAUAAUAAUAACAUGAAAAAUAACCAUAAGUCAACAAUAAGCAGGAAUUUAAUCCUGAAAUUAGAUAAUUAGAAAUAAAAAUCAAUGAAUUAUCUUUAGCACUUGUGAAAAGCAAGGAAGAGAAAAUCAUUUACAUGGAGUAAGCUCAAAAAUAGAUAUAGCUUCUUAAGGAAUAAGAAUUAGAAUUGAAAAGUAAAAUAUAGAGACUAUAAUUUGAAUAAUCAAAGAAAUCUUCAUUUGCAGAACCAGAAGAAAACUUAGGAAAGAGUUCAAAAGAUUUUAUUGAAGAAGAUAUAACACGCUAAUCUGUUUCUCCUUAAACAUAAAAAAUUAAAUUAGAUUAUUCCAAAUUAAGUCUUAAUUAAAAUUUGAAAAAACUAACAAAAGUUGACUAAGUUCAAGGAGCAUCGUUACCAUCAUUUAGAUUCGGUAAUAAAUGA